AAUGUGAUCAAUACAAUUUCAACAACAAUAAUUGAUGAUGAAAAAUACCCGUUUCCAAAAAAAGACUACGGAGGGGACAGAUUGGCUUUACAACAUCAUAUAUUUAAAUACAUAUGGCAAAGUAACUUUUCGACUCCAGUUAACGAAAAAUUAGAAACUGGUGCAAAGGUUUUAGAUUUUGGUUGUGGUACAGCUACUUGGCUCAUAGAUUUAUCAUCACAGUAUCCAAAGUCAACAUUUUUUGGAGUCGAAAAACCCUCUUCAGUACUUCGUAACCUCACUCCAUCG